CUCCAAACCUUUUCCUCCUCAUCAUUCCUCAAGCAUCGUCCACCAUUCGAUCGCUUCUCUCCAGCAUGUGAUUUGUGAUGUGUUUUAUAAGUGUGUCCAUCGGUUCUCCGUCCAGUUGAUUACAGUUAGCGGUCGAUGAUACACAGUUGUGAUGUCUUGUGGUCCCAGUUCGCGUUCAGUCUGUGAUGUCGCUGAUAAAGUGCCGAAUGCAUGAACCCCAACCACUCAUCAUCUGUGCGAAUGUAGGAGUUUCGGGGAAGCACUCAAGAUGGAUCUCCAGUACGUUUUGGUGGUGGUGGCGACGGUCUUGGCCGGAAUACACACUUGUAGGACAGACGAGAUGGCCAACUUUAGAGGAACCAAGUCCAAAGCGGUCUACUGCGGAAGAAGACUCUCAGAGACGCUGUCCACGGUAUGCAAAGGCAAUUACAACACGCUCAACAAGAAGUCAGACAUUCACGAGAUGGGUGCGUCGCGACGUCCCGGCUACCCAUCGUUGUCCCAGCAUAGUUUAGACUACCCGUACCAAAGUAAGGCGAAUGCAGCGUCUCAUCAUAUGUCCGGUUUUCGUCGAAGGAAGCGUCGUGGUGUUUUUAACGAGUGCUGUGAAAAACCCUGUUCACUGGAAGAACUGUCCCAAUAUUGCGGCGGCCCUAGUCGAUAAAAUUGUGACUUAAAAAGUGAACUUGUGAUUAAAUUGUGAUUAGUCGGCAAAAAUUUGUGAUAUAAUGUAGCUAUAGGUGCGCUUCGUUUCGCUUCUGCCAACGUGCACUUAAAUUUUGUAGAUGGCACACAAACUCUUGUUGUAUUACGUGUAUUGAAGGAGAAGAAGAAAAAUUGUCGUUGCGGUAUUUAUUUAGUAAUGAUAUGACCUUGUGAUACUGUAUCUACGGAUUUAUUGUUGCAUAAUUUUAUUUACCUAGCUAAAGCGUGUAAUAAAUUAUUGAAUUUUUCUUAA